GUGGCUUUAGCGAAUGUGUCUCAAUGCUCGCUUCGUCAAUACGCAACUUGUUCGGCAGAAAUAUAAGAGUAGCUUCUUCUCUUUGUGCUUCUCGUCAUUGGUCAAAACAAAUCUCAGCUAACCAAAUCUUGUUUGGUCCUGCUCAGAUUUCAUCGUCUAAUCUCCUUGUGCAAUCAAGGCUUUUGAGUCGUUUGUCUCUCGCUUUUAGAACAGAUCGCACGAUGGCUUCCCAAUCCAAUCCUAAAUCAGUCCACGAUUUCACUGUCAAAGAUGCCAAGGGAAAUGAUGUUAAUCUCGGCGAUUACAAAGGAAAGGUCCUUCUGAUUGUCAAUGUUGCCUCACAAUGUGGCUUGACUAAUUCUAACUACACAGAGCUGGGUCAAUUGUACGAGAAAUACAAAGGAAAAGGUUUUGAAAUUCUGGCUUUCCCCUGCAAUCAGUUUGGUGCACAGGAGCCUGGAAAUAAUGAACAGAUAGUUGAGUUUGCUUGUACUCGCUUUAAAGCCGAGUUUCCCAUUUUUGAUAAGGUGGAUGUAAAUGGAGAUACUGCUGCUCCACUGUACAAGCAUCUGAAAUCAAGCAAAGGUGGGCUGUUCGGAGACGGCAUAAAAUGGAACUUCUCCAAAUUCCUGGUCGAUAAAGAUGGGAAUGUCGUGGACCGUUAUGCCCCCACAACCUCUCCUCUCAGCAUUGAGAAGGAUAUCCAGAAGCUGUUGAGUGCAUGAAUCACUGCAGGAACCAGAAACCUUUAAUGGCAAGUUAUUAUGAAUAAAGGAAUUAGGGAAUGUGUAGAAGGCUAGAAGCUCAUAGUCUAGUUUUUUCUUUUUUCUCUUUUUACCCAGAUAAUUGAGAACAUUAUGUUGAGAAUCUAUAAACAUCAUGUUAUGUAUUUACGAACAUUAUGUUGUACAUGCUUUGCGUGACAUAUAUUUUAAUUAACCUAUAGAUUAAUUGGACACA